CGCCAAGAGCCCCCCCGCAGUCCGCAGAGAGACCAGCAGCACCAAAGCGAGCAGCCAGCCGAGGGCCAGGGGUGAAGGAAACCGAGGCAGGAGGAAGCGGCGGCGGCGGCGGCGGCGGCGGCAGCAGCAGCGCAGGGCGCACGCGCUUCUCGUUUCGUGUCCCCAGGGGGAAGGGUUGAAGGGAAGGGAGAGGAAAGGCGAGAGCCGAAGCUUCGAGAAGGCUCGUUCGGUCGAGGAGGGGAGGAAGGCUGGCGGCCGAGGGCCCGGGCGGCAUGGGGAGGGACGAGCUGCUGCGCCGGAGCCUCGUGGCGCUGGCGGCGGCCGUCGUGGUCACGGGGCUUGCCACGGCGUCGCUGCGGAAGGCGGCGGCCACGUACGGCUUCGGCAUCCUGGCCAUCGCCGGCGUGCUGCUCCCGGACUGGGAGUUCUUCGACCGCGACUUCUCCCAGUGGCUCACCCCCAUGCCCGCUUCCCGCCGCACGGCCGCCGCCGCCGCCGCCGAGCGCGAGCACGACGUAUGGAAAUUCAAGCCAUACCCUCUCAGAAUGGCCAUGCUGACGACGAUAUACGGUUUCGGGCUUUACAAGUGGUGGAUGUACGUAUCUAGCUAGUGGAUGUGGAUCCUUUUCUCUCCCUGGAUCUCUCCCGCAGUAGCGAAGUUCUUUUUUUGGAAGAAACACCAUGACAGUGCCUUCUCAUACCGCAGCCAUUCUUCAUUGUGAUCAGAUCAGCCAGUUGUUAUAUUGCCUGGUUACGCGCUGCUGAUACGAAGAUCUUUCUAAUGGGGGAACUCCCGGCACAAGUUGAUUGUAUGUACUAGCGGGUUUUGUAAUGUGGAAACGACGUCAUUCUUAUUUCUUAGCUGAAAACAUGAAGCUAGGCUUUAUUCCUUCUCCUCUUCGUCACUCUUGCAGCCUGCCUUGAUGAUGCCUCUCUCCAUCAGAAAGAAACUUGAUUUUAUUUGAA